GCACUGUUUGAAAAAAACUGUAAAACUUUGGACCUUAACGAUUUGCACUGAAAUCGGGCCGAAACUUUGUAAUAUUUCAUUACAAUUAUUUAUAUGCUGAAUUUAGAUUCAUUUGUGAAACAAGUACACUAGUAGCUUUCUCAUGAUAUGGCAAACAGAGUGUACUCUCUCACUGCUUGCUCGCCAUUAUCGGACCCUUUUCAGAACUUGCGCUAGAUGUUCAGCUUUGGACGUUGGUAAGAAGCUUCAUGCUUCCAUCGUCACCACAGGUCUUGUAACUUGUCAAAAUACAUUUCUCCGUAAUGCUAUUCUCAACAUGUAUGCAGCGUGUGGGUCUGUUCUCUAUGCACGUAAGGUGUUUGAUGAAAUUCCUCUUUCAUACAAAGACACUGUCGACUGGACAACAUUAAUGGGGUGCUAUGCUCGCGGGGGAUUCCCUCUUGAUGGCCUCAACUUGUUUGUUCAUAUGAGGAAGAGUGAUGUUUUGAUUGAUGAGUAUACUAUGGUGGUUGUAUUCCUUGCAAGCGCCAAAAUGGGGUGUGAACAGUUUGGCAUUCAGGGACAUGGUUGUAUGGUAAAAAUGGGUUUUAGUUCGAGUAUUAAAGCGUGUAAUGCUGUAAUGGAUAUGUAUGUGAAGUGUGGGUUAAUUGAUAAAACAAGAAGGAUUUUUAGUGAGAUGGGAGAAAAGAGUGUUGUUUCUUGGACUGUGGUUUUGGGGGGAGUGGUGAAGUGGGAAGGUUUUGAAAAUGCAAGGUUGUUGUUCGAUAAGAUGCCUGAGAGGAAUGAAGUAGCUUGGACAGUAAUGAUUGCAGCGUAUAUUGAGAAUGGUUUAACGAAGGAAGCUUUUGGGCUUCUACGUGAAAUGUUGUUUGAAUCUGGAUUUGAGUUGAAUUUUGUAACAUUGAGUUCAUUAUUAUCAGCUUGUGCACAGUCGGGGAAUGUUUUGGUGGGUAAAUGGGUACACGUGUAUGCUUUGAAGAUGAUAGAACAUGAAAUAGAUAUAGUUGUGGCAACAACCUUGAUUAAUAUGUAUGCUAAGUGUGGCAGGAUUGAUGAUGCUUUUCGAGUUUUCCUUGUGAUGCCUCGAAGGAAUGUGAUUACAUGGAAUGCUAUGCUUAGUGGACUGGCAAUGCAGGGAAAGGGAGAUAUGGUGUUGGAUUUGUUUGGUCAGAUGAUUAGAGAGGUCAAACCGGAUGAUGUAACAUUUACAGCUAUAUUAAGUGCUUGUAGUCACUCAGGUUUGGUUGAUCAAGGUCGACAUCUUUUCUAUAGCCUUGAAUCGACGUAUGGAAUAAAGCCUUCUAUAGAGCACUAUUCUUGUGUUGUGGAUCUUUUGGGUCGGGCAGGACACCUUGAAGAAGCAGAAUCCAUAAUAAGGAGAAUGAUGAUUCCCCCCAAUGAAGUUGUGUUGGGAUCACUAUUAGGCUCCUGCAGUUUCCAUAAGAACCUCGAGCUGGGGGAGUGCCUAAUUAAAGAGCUGGUCCAAAUGUAUCCUAAUAAUACCGAGUAUCAUGUUUUGCUUUCAAAUAUGUACUCUUUAGCUGGAAGAAAUGACAAGGCAAAUUCUAUUCGAGUAGUUCUCAGAAGCAGAGGUGUCAGAAAAGUUCCUGGCAUUAGUUCUAUUUAUGUUGGUGGUCAAAUCCAUUGCUUCAGUGCAGGGGAUAAAUUGCAUCCGCAAAGUGAAGAGAUAUAUAUGAUGUUGGAUGAGAUGAUUCGAAAAAUAAGAUUGGCUGGUUAUGCACCAGACACAACCUGCGAAAAGUUUUCAGGAUCUAAUGAUGGAGAUUAUUAUGGUUACGACCAGGAGGAAAAGGAACAGGCUUUGUUCUCUCACAGCGAGAAGCUGGCUGUUUGUUUUGGACUCAUAAGUACACAAGCUGGCAUGCCUCUUUACAUUUUCAAGAAUUUAAGGAUAUGCCAAGAUUGUCAUUCAGCCAUGAAGGUUGUUUCCAAAGUUUACAAUAGAGAAAUUGUAAUUAGAGAUCGUAAUCGCUUUCACCGUUUCAAGCUGGGUUCAUGCUCUUGUUUUGACUAUUGGUGACAAAACCCAAAGUGCUACAUGAAAGCCUAAAACCUAUGAAUAGUUUGUUAAUUCAAAAUCAUGUAUGAAAAUUCUAGUUGUGGUUGAUUGGGCCCUUUGAGGGACUUUUGAGUGAGGUGUAGAAUGGGAAAUUCUGAGAGAGGAAUUAUAGGAUAGAUAAACAUAUUCCUCCAGUGGGAAAUGAAAAUACAAGCAUAUACAGUGAGAAUAGAGCGACAGAUUCAGAAAAUCUUAAUGGUUCGUCUAACCGAAUACUGAGAUGUAUGCUGGUCAUAAUGGCUCUGCGACUCUAAUGUUUAAUGGAAUCAACAAGAAAGUGCAAAGCUCAAUAAAGAACGUCAGUAGUAUAGAUGAGUUAGAAUGUAAUGCUGAGUCACUGUCACAGAGGAGGAAUAUUGAGGUCUCCCCACCUUCUGCUGGUGCUGUAUAAAUGGAGUCAAGAAGGUAACAUAAUUUUCCUUGGCCUUCACUCAUCCUAGAACCCGGCAGCUGAUGCUUUUAUGGAAAUCCACACCAAAAACUGUACUGAUGUUGAAGACGCUGGGGAACAAACUCACAGAAGAAGCUAAAGAGGUUCUUCACACAAUUCUCAUUAAUUUAGUUGAUUUUUUACCGUGUGAUUUUCAUCUACUACUGAUGCUGGAAGCCUCUCUUCAUUCUUCACUUCUUUCACACAAUUCUCAUUAAAAUUACACAGAAGGUGGAAUUAUGCUUAUCAUAAAUAGAAAAGAUAGUAGAUCUUAGUGCUAGUAUCCAAGUCUGUAAUUUGCAUAGCAUGCACGGUGAUCUGGGGCUGUAGCUACGGGUAA